CACACCAGCGAAAACACCCGCCACCAAACGUAUUUAGCGCGACGGAAAUCGACUUGAUUUUAAAGUGACGAGUGGCAAAAAGUGAAAAGAAGAAACCCGUAAGAGAAGCAAACACAGUCAUCAAGUGUUUGAAGCUGGGUGCUGUGUUUACUUGGGCGAAGUACCUGUCAACUUAGUGCGAGUACGCAGUGUAGAGUGUAUCCAUCUAAUGAUAUAUAAAAGAAAUUGCCCAUAAGCGACAACAUAAUAAGCAUUCCGCCACUACUAGUAAUAUCUGCCCGUCGGUCGCACUUACGGGGUGCGCGCGAAUUUAAAGUGUGUCGUGUAGUGUUCCCCCUUUUACUCAGUCAGUCGUCCAAUUGUUCAGUGGUGCGAAUGAUUGACGAACCGCUGUACGGUGGGCCAGGCAGGCGAAGGCACUUCUGUGUGUUCUAAACAAAAGAGCACACGGCCAAAUGAGUAUUAAUGUGGUGUUGGCCAAGUCUAGUCAAUUAAAAAGUGCACAAAAUAAACGAAACGCAGACAACAAUAUUUUCAAUGAACCUCCAUUGAAUGUAGUGCGCUAGCAGUUAGUGUUUACCUCUCCCGCCAUGGAUUACGAUUAAUGGAUAAAGUUACGCAUUUGUUUCUAUUUCCGUUUCCGUCUCAAUCACAUUGCAGUUGGCUAAUUAAUAUACUGACACCAACACACAUUGAAUUGUAACUGUCUAAAGUGAAAAUCAAAACAAUUUUUCAAAACAAAUUUGUGAAACGAGGAGCCUUAGCUAUCAUAUAAGAUGGUUCUCUUCUAUAAAAAAAAUCCCAUACAAACAUAUAUAUGUUCAUUUAAACAUAUGUUGAUAUAUACAAUUUGAAAACAAAAAACAAACGAAAACAUCAUCUGAAAAAAUGCUAAAUCUAUUUUUAAAGUAAAAAAAGAAAAUAUUGUGAAAGAAUCAAACAACACGAGAGAAAACCCGACAAAAACAAAUGCGACAAUUUUACCACUCGUCGCGUCCCUGUGUCUGCCAGUGCUUUUCUUUAUAAUAUUUAAUAAGGAAUACAAAACGUAUAAAUUGGCGGUCUAGUUAUAUGAUGCAAUUGCAAGAGAAAUAAUGUUGAAGUUUCCCAAUUUCAUCUUAGAAAAAAGGCUGCAGCUUAUAUUUUCAAGGCAAAGCAGGUCCUGAAAGUUUCCGCAAAAGUCUACGACAAUUAUGAGCAGCCAUAUCAGCGAUCGCAUACAUAUGACACUUUACAAAGCCGUUUUUGGAUUUAGAGAGCUGUCGAUUGACACACAUUGAACUUUCCCAGGACUAUGCUUUAGAGGAAAAGCAAACCUACGAACACAAAUUCGAAAAACAAAGCGGCUUAACAUUUCCUUCAGAAUAUAAUAGGGAACUUUAACGAGUAUCAAUACACAAGACAGGUUCGUGCUACAUAUAAUAGCAGCAAGUGUCUGGUAGAGCACUGUAAAGAAAUGCUGGAAAAUUUCAGUAAAUAAGGAUAACGCCUGACAAUGAUGUCUAUCUGUACGUGCAGCAAUCUGUGUUUUCCUACUUAAAUGCAACAACUGCAACGGCUAGUAUCGUGCCUAAGGAAAUCUUGCGGGGCCCCCCCCCCACACAUACACAUACUGGUUCUCGAAGACAUCUACUCUUUAUGUUACUACAAUUCAAAUGCCACCUCAAAUACAUAGCCUAAGCAUUGGAGUCUGCGAGGCAGUUUAGAUUUGCAAAUAACUAGGUGGCUGUUGUAACUAUUUCCCAGAAGUCGACGCAUUGAUCCAUGCCUGCACUUGAACUUCGAUAAUCUGAAUAAAAGUCAAAGGUGAACAUGUGUCUAAAUUAAGGACACCGGUAAAAAUAGAAAUCUCUAACAUUGUGUGUGCAUACACAAUUAACCAAGCCCAGAACGAUGCUGGACUUGUAAUCCAAUAGUCACAAAAGGAGACUGGGAAAGUGCAUGCGACCAUAGCACCACGAACGUGGUUUAUCAACACCGUAUUAAUUGGUACAAAAAGUGAAAAACCAUCACAAAGACAAAAGCCAGCCAUCCAACAAGCGUAUUAGCCACAGUAGUGGCAAACCGCACUGGAUCCAUAAUAAAAUAUGUAAAGUCUUGUUUAGCAAGAGGAGCUGUUCAAAUUCAGUUAACUUCCGCAGGGAGACAUUGUGUUCUCGAAUUAUAAAGCACGUGUAAAUGCUGGACUUCAUCUGCAUUAUUGGAGGCAUUUGCAUGUCUACUCUGACAGAUCAUUAGGUUCACGUCCUGUUGAAAGGGCAUUGGCAUUAAGCAGACUACUACAGGGAUUUUCUGCCCUGAAACUUGCAUAUUUUGUUUAUGCCUGACAUUGGGGAGUAGACCAAAAAGGGACCCCCACUUACCAUAUGAACUUUUGUAAAUAAAACACCAAAAAUUGACAUCAGAAAGAAUCACAAAGCCCAUUAAUUUUAAGCCUGGUAAUAGCUCAAAUGAAAGUUUGUGAUAUAGACUUGUAAGGACAAACGGAGGAUAUAAAUUGAAACACCCUUCCACCCACCUAGCCAUAGUUAAAUUUAAGUGCGAACGAAUCUUUCAACAUUUCGUUAGAGAAAACAAUUAAGACAAAAAGAAAAGACAUACGUGAGCAAGUUCCUUACUAAGCAGAUAUUUUAACAGCAGAAAACAUUCGACGAAUUUAUUUGGGAGUGACUGGGAUUUUGAUGGGAGGGAACCAUAGCAUUCACUUGCUGAUUAUUUUGAUAUCAUACCAGUGACUUGUUGAAACCUUAACCGAUGAUUUUCCACAAUACAACGGAUAGUCUUUAUCCGUUUGCGACAUCUUCCAUUGAGCCUCUUCGGCGUUUGGAGUUGUCGUCACAAAACCCCGAUACGUAUUUUAUUGGAGAAUUCGACAACCGUCCCAUCGACACCAAUGAAUUCAUUCAAAGCGUCAGCGAAGCCAACCAGGCCAGCGACCACUUUAUACAGUACAGUACUGUCGAAUCAUCUAUGGUAUACAGUACUUUUGGUGGCAGUACUCCACCGUCAUCCAUUGUUCCUAGUAUUUUACUGUCGGCGGAAAAUGGCACGAAUUUCACUUUGUACGGACACAACUCCUCCGACCACCAGCAAUACUCGUAUCAGCCCUGUACUAAAGUCUAUAAUCCUGAAGAAGAAGAAACCCUAGUGGAGUUCUGGGUUUGCGGUAUUUGCCUGAAUGUGGUGGGCAUUCUGGGCAUUAUCGGCAAUGUGAUUUCAAUGAUCAUUCUAUCGCGUCCUCAAAUGCGUUCUAGCAUCAACUACCUGCUCAUAGGAUUAGCGUGCUGUGAUACUGUCUUAAUAAUUACCUCCAUGUUGCUCUUUGGCAUACCGUCCAUCUACCCUUACACGGGCAAAUUUUUUCUGUACUACAACUAUAUAUUCCCCUAUAUAUCGCCGGUGGUCUUUCCCAUAGGCAUGAUUUCGCAGACGGCCAGUAUAUACAUGACGUUCACCGUUACUCUGGAGCGCUAUGUGGCCGUCUGUCAUCCGUUGAAGGCCCGGGCUCUCUGCACGUAUGGGCGAGCCAAAAUCUACUUCAUUGUAUGCGUACUGUUUGCGACACUCUACAAUCUACCCCGUUUUUGGGAAGUGGUCACUCAGAGUACUGCGUACGAUGAUUUACCCGAUGUCUUGCACUGUGUUAGACCCUCGGCGCUGCGGCAGAAUUUGAUGUACAUAAACCUGUACAUCCAUUGGUGUUACCUGAUAGUCAACUAUAUCAUACCCUUUCUGACGCUUGCUAUUUUGAACUGCCUUAUUUACCGUCAGGUGAAGCGGGCGAAUAGAGAGCGACAAAGGCUUUCACGUUCGGAGAAGCGAGAAAUUGGUUUGGCAACCAUGCUCUUAUGCGUAGUGGUUGUCUUCUUCGCCUUCAAUUUUUUAGCCCUAGUGUUGAACAUAUCGGAGGCCUUUUACAAUUUUAUCGACAACUCGCUAACGAAAACGAACAACUUGUUGGUCACCAUCAAUAGCAGUUGCAAUUUUCUAAUCUACGUCAUCUUUGGCGAGAAAUUUAAGCGCAUUUUCCUGCUGAUUUUUUUCAAGCGCCGCCUGAGCCGAGACCAACCCGAUCUUAUACACUACGAAAGCUCAAUAUCGAACAAUGGUGAUGGCACUCUGAAUCAUCGAUCGUCGGGACGCUUCUCGCGGCAUGGUACUCAGCGCAGUACGACCACCUACUUGGUGACCACCUCGGCCAACAGUACCCUUAACAAUGGUCGUCUAAUGAAAAGUGCCAGCUCACCGGGUGUUGUGAAGAUCAAACGGGGCCGGGCUCCCUCGCCUGGACCAGUGGUAUACUUUCCGGCGCGUGAGGUGCAGCGUACCUCGCCGGUGAUAAUGUCGAAUAACAAUUCGCCCCUAGGUUGUGAUUGGAUGGAAUCCAAGAAUGGCCAGAUGACUUCUGGUUUCUGAGACUCGCUGUGUAUGAUUUAUAAUCUCGCGGACAGCUACGACUACGAGUGCCUAAACCUACACACUGUGAAUUGCAAACACUAUGUCUGAAUGUCAGUCUGGAGCAAAAGUAGACUUACUCCAUAAAAAUACCUGUAUAUGUAGAUAACACACACAUACACUCUCAUUCUCCCAUAAAUAUAAGUACUUUAAUACAAAAAUAGCUUUAAAAAUAUCAUAGAUAUAGUCAAAAAUUGGUUCCAAACUUCUUAAAUUAAAUACAAACCAAAUAUUCUAUUAGUAGAUUGAAAAAUCAUGUAUAUAUCAAAAGAGCUGAAUCUUUUCCUUAUUCUCCCAAUAACAUUUCCUUAAGAAAAUUAGUCUAAUAUUUUAAAAUUUUGAAUUAUUGGGGCUUGCUUUUUGGGCCAGUGCCAGCGAAAAGCCAAGCCGUUACACCAUUAUUUGAUUAUCGCAUUAAAAGCUCGGCUAAAUUCGAUUCUUUUGCGAUACCACGUAAUACACGAAACGUAAUACACGAUUCCUAUACGCGGGUAUUGAGUUUGUGGUAGAUUGAAAUGCUAAUGACGGCAGCACAUCGUAAUCAAAUUAAACCAAUCCUUAAUUCGGUGAUCAUAACGAGUUGGACAUUAACUCAAACAAUUAUCGAAGUACAUAUUAUUGAUAUUCGCAAGACGAAUUAGUUGCCAACCUAACAUUUUUCUUUACAUUGCAUUUUGCUGAAAUUUUGAAUUUGAAACUCUAAAGUAUUUCAGAGCAAGUCACGAUUAAGCAUUUUAACUUUCUCGGUCCUUCUAUGAGUUCUUUAUAAUGUUGAACUUUUAAAUUUAUGAAACAUGGUAAACCGGAACGUUUUAAAGAGCCAGAUUGACUAUGUAGGUUAUCUUCGAUUGAAAAGAGGGUGCAGAUAUUAAUCCACCGGUACUGGUCUAAGAAUUUGAUCAGUGUGUCGGUCCGCACACUGCUAAAGGCCCCCUCAAUGUCAACGCAUACCGCCAAUGUGUACAUCUUGGCAUCGAAGGAUUCUUCUGUUUUACACACAACCUCGUGCAGGGCAGUCUCUACCGUCCUUCCCUUUACAUAGACAUGCUGUUUAAAUUUGAGCAGUUCGCUGGAUGUCCUAGUCUUUAUCUGGUGUCCACAAUACGUUCCAUGGUUUUGAGUAGAUAGAACGCAAGGCUUAUAGGUUUGUAGGCCUUUGGUGUCGCAUAACUUGCCUCGCCGAGCUUGGGUAUAAAUACCACCUAUGCCUCCUGCCAGGCCAGAUGGGGCGCCGGAUAGUCGGCCUCCUUCUGGAGUAACGCCGCAAAUAUUCCAUCAGGUGCGGGUGACUUAAUUGGUUUGAAGCUCCCCAAGGCUUCCUUGACCAUAAAUUCCGCUAUGAUAGGUCUUCGAUCAACCUCAUUAUUCCAAGAUUCCGGUGUCUCCGUGAGUCUCGUCGUACCGUAUGGAAAAUGGGUUUUCAUCAAAAGCCUCAACAUGUCCUCCGUUGUCUCUGCUCUCACUCCCAUGUCGUCUACUUACAUUUCAGUUUGGACAUGGCUUUUUGAGGGAAACUUUUACAUCUUGGCGGCGUCGCCAUCGACCUGUUUGCAGAAAAGUUUCCAGGAGGCACGUUUUGUUGCUCUGGAAAACUUAUUGUAUUCCUUGAGCCGUGUGUAGUACACAUCCCUGAUUUCUUUUCUCGAAGAGGACAACUAUCUUCAAAAGAAACCACAAAACCAAGAAACCACAGUCGCAAUCCUGUUGACAAGGCCCUCUAUGCUUGGACAAUCUAAAUUAUCUUCUUCUGAGUAGUUUUCCGAGUUUUCUCCAGUUGAUUUUCAACUUAUUACGGAAGUUUAUCGGAUUCGGCGCUGGUCGUGCUAUUCUAAACCUGGCGUAGCAAUGGUCUGAUAAGGUGUGCUCCUUGGAGACACUUCAAUUCUGAACCUUAUCGAUCAGAUUUUCCGAGCAUAUUGUCAAGUCUUAAAUCUCCACCCUAAUUUUUUACGUUAAAUAAACACAGAACUGAUAGCGUGAGUCAAGGUCAUUGACAAUUUAUUAACUUUGUCUAAGGAAACCAAACACAUAAGACUUGAAAAUGAUUCUGGAUUCAGAAAUUUAGAGACAAACAAAAAAAAAAAAAAAAUCACGGAAAUACCACCUAAUCUUGGCUCCUUUAAGUAUGAUCAACAUGGGUACUUUUUCGGUCUAAAUACUGACAACUAAAAAGGUGGUAAGUUCAGGCGAGGCCACAUCUUGGGUACUCACCUCCAUGGAUUCCGCUAAAAAUUUACUUUUAUUAACUCAGUUCGUAUUUGAAUUAUUUUGCAACAAUCACAUCUAGUAUUGGUUGAGGUUUUUAUGGUCUCAAGAAAUCAUUUCAUAUCAGUAUAUUGACCGGAUUAAAAAUGAAGCAGAGGGGCUCACGAAGUCAAAUCUGGGGAUUCGUAUUAUACUUAGCAUGGAUGUUGAAAGUCAUAGCAGAAGUUUUUGAGCCAAAUUCCAGUCAAAUCAGAUGAAAUUUGAUGCUUUUAGGGGCCUGAGAUGUCAAACUCGGGAAUCGGUUUAUAUUGGGGGUAUAUCAUACUUAGCAUGGAUGCUGAAAAUCAGAACAGAAGUUUUUGUGCCAAAUUUCAGCAAAAUCAGAAAAUUAAGGCCUCUAGGGCCUCAGGAAAUCAAAACCGGCUAUCGGUUUAUACAGGUGCUUUAUCCAAAUGUAAACCGAUAUGUUCGAUUUGCAAUCCCCAAUGACUGAAAUUGUUAAGACGUUCGGCGCUAUCGUGAUUUCGACAGACGGACAUGACUAGAUCGACUCAGAAUGUCAAGACGAUCAAAAAUAUAUACACUUUCUCAGAAUUGGGUCUCAGAUCAAUACUUCAAGGUUUUACUAACGGAAUGACUUGAUUAGUAUGACUCACGUGGCUAUGUUAUACUAAUAGUAAGUCGCAAUUUUUAUACUAAUGGGAGUAAUAAUAACAAAUAAAAGCAUGCUAAGAUCGGCUGGGCCGAAUCUUAUAUGCCCUCCAUCAUGGAUCGCAUUUGUCGAGCUCUUUUCAAGGUAUCUCUUUUUUGGCAAACAAAGAAUAAAAGAAAAGAAUUGCAUUGCUAUUGGAGCUAUAUCAAGUUAUGGUUUAUUUCAGACCCAUAGUAGGCCAUAGUAGAAGUCGUUGUGUAAAAUUUCAGCCAAAUCUAUUAGUAAGAAUUGCGAUCGUUGUACUUGUAGAAUUGCGAUAGUAGAAGUCGUUGUGUGAAAUUUUAGCCAAAUCUAUUAGUAAGAAUUGCGAAGCCGUUGUACAAAAUUGUUGCCAAAUUGGAUAAUAACUGCACCCUCUUGUGGCUCAUGAAGUCAAGACCCCAGAUCGGUUUAUAUGGCAGCUUUAUCAGGCUAUGGACCGAUUUCUCCCAUUUACAAUCCCAACAGACCUACAAUAAUAAAAAGCAUUUGUGCAAAAUUUCAAGCGCCUAGCUUUACUCCUUCGAAAGUUAAUGUGCUUUCGACAGACAGACGGACGGACAUGGCUAGAUCGACUUAAAAUGAUAUGAAGAUCA